AUGGACACUGUCACCGCCCUCGCCGGCACGGCCGCCCUUUUCGUCUUCAUCACCACACUACUCCGUCUACGCCACCCACUCCUCGGCGGCGGCGGCAAGAACAAGAGCGCACAGCUGCCGCCGAGCCCCGCCGCCAUCCCCUUCCUCGGCCACCUCCACCUUCUCAAGAGGCCGUUCCACGCCGCGCUCUCCCGCCUCGCCGCGCGCCACGGCCCGGUCUUCUCCCUGCGCCUCGGUUCGCGCCCCGCCGUGGUCGUUUCUUCGGCUGCGGGCGCCAGGGAGUGCUUCACGGACCACGACGUGACCUUCGCCGACCGCCCGCGGUUCCCCUCGCUGCAGCUGGUGUGCUUCGGCUGCACCACGCUCCCGACGUCCCGCUAUGGCCCCUACUGGCGCAACCUCCGCCGCGUUGCCACGGUGCAGCUCCUCUCCGCGCACCGGGUGGGCUGCAUGACCGCGGACAUCGCCAGCGAGGUGCGCGCGAUGGCGCGCCGCCUGGCACGUGCCGCCGCGGCCGACCCCGGCGGCGCCGCGCUGGUGGAGCUCAAGCGGAGCCUGUUUGAGGUGUCCCUUAGCGCCUUGAUGGAGACCGUCGCGCAGACGAAGACGUCCCGCGCCGAGGGGGCCGAGGACACGGACAUGUCGCCGGAGGCACAGGAGUUCAAGUUGUCGCUGGACGAGAUCGUUCCGCUGCUAGGCGGGGCCAACAUGUGGGACUUCCUGCCGGUGCUACGGUGGUUCGACGUGUUCGGCGUGAGGAACAAGAUCCUGGCUGCGGUGAGCAGGAGGGACGCGUUCCUGCGGCGGCUCAUCGACGCACAGCGGCGGACGCUGGGCGACGGCGGCGGCGAGGGCGACGGGGAGAAGAAGAGCAUGAUUGCCGUGCUGCUCGAUUUGCAAAAGACAGAGCCGGAGAUCUACACGGACAUGGUGAUCAUGGCUCUGUGCAUGACCAUGUUCAGCGCGGGGACAGAGACCACGGCGACGACGGCGGAGUGGGCGAUGUCGCUGCUGCUCAACCACCCGAACGCCCUGGCGAAAGCGCAGGCCGAGAUGGACGCGACCGUCGGAACCACCCGCCUGCUCCGCGCCGACGACCUCCCCCGCCUCGGCUACCUCCACUGCAUCAUCAGCGAGACCCUCCGGCUGUACCCGCCCGUCCCGGCGAUGAUCCCGCACGAGUCCUCGGCGGACUGCACGGUGGCGGGCUACCACGUCCCGAGCGGCACGACGCUGCUCGUGAACGCUUACGCCAUCCACAGGGACCCGUCGGCGUGGGAGCACCCGUUGGAGUUCAGGCCAGAGCGAUUCGAGGACGGGAAGACCGAGGGUCUGUUCAUGAUGCCGUUCGGGAUGGGGCGGCGCAAGUGCCCCGGCGAGGCCCUAGCGCUGCGGAUGCUGGGGCUGGUUCUGGGCACGCUGGUGCAGUGCUUCCAUUGGGACAGGGUUGGCGAUGAUGAGGUUGACAUGGGUGAAGGAGGUGGGCUGACGCUCCCCAAGGCGGUGCCGCUGCAGGCGAUGUGCCGACCCCGGGCAGCCAUGACACAUGUCCUGAGGGGACUGUGA